CUUGUCGCUUUCCUCGCGCGGUUUGUUUCCCGCUCCAUCCCUUCUCUCCGGGCUCCCCGUGCCCCGCUCCGGCAGCCGGGCUCUCCCCGGCGGAGCCCCCGGGGCCCGUCCCGCUGUCCCCGCGGGCAGGGAGGGUCCCCGGGCGGCGGGGCGGAAGGGGGGGCCGGCGCUGAGCUGAGGGAGGGGCCGGGACGCCGGCGCGUCGGUGCCGACGGUCUCCAGGAGGGAGUGAGGAGGAGGAGGAAGAGGAGGAGGAGGAGGUGAGCUCCUCUGGCCUGAUGUGCAGCUGGUGGGAAGAGAGAAGCUGGAGGCCUUCCCCUGUUCCAUCUGGAUCUUUGGAGGGACUUCACUGAACGCAGUGCACAGCAGGCAUAGCGGGUAUGAUCUGUGGGAGUUCAACAGCAAACGCUUCAGAAAAGCAAAGAUUCACUGCCCUAAGUUCACCUAUCUGUCCUGCUGGAGAAACAAUUGAAGAAUACUACUACACUCAGGAAAAUCACACUUUGACAUCUCUCCAUUGGACUGAAGCAGAUAGGAUGGUUUGGAAGAAAUACUGCUCACCAUUGAGAUCCAUGGCCAAGAUUCCCAGACUGCUUUGGUGAAGAGCUCUGAAGCAGCACCACCUGGUAUUUUACUGCUGCCAGUUUUGAAUGCAGUAACUUCUGAAUUCAUCAGGCAACCUGUACUGAAUUUACCAGAAGAGUAGGUGCUACAGGAAAUAACAGACUUUCAGCUACUCACAUGAAAUCCGUGCCAAGGACUCUAUAUUUUUAAACUGUGAAUUCAUUUAUGAUUAAUGUUUUAAUUAUUUGUUUGUGUCCUAAUUUCUGCCACGUUUCAAAUUUAAUUAAGUUUGAGAUACAGGAGUAAGCAACAAACUCCAACUUCCUUCUUUCUCAAAUUGCUUACAACCACCACAGUGCUUUCUCACCAGGGGAUUUUGCCAGAGCUGUGAUGCCUCUGAGGCUGCUUCUUGCACAGAAGUAGUCUCAUGAAUUGCCCAGAGAUGAAAGGCACAUAACCAUUAAGGAGUGUUGUGUUCUGGUGUGUGUCAGCAGGUGGAAGGGGACAGGUAAGACACUCCUGUCCUGAGCUGGGGACAAACAGCCUCAUGUGGGGAGAACAGUGUCUCUGUCUCCCAAGUGAGAGAACUUGAUGUGAUGAGAGAAAAAAGAAAUACAGUUCACACAAAUAUUACAUAUAGUGUAAUUUUCGUACCAUAAACUGUAAAAAGUGUAUGUUUUGAAUUCCCACUAAUGUGCAGCCAUCUAUGAUUUACAUUAUAUAGGAUAAGGUUUUCAAAACUUUGACUCAUUUGAAUGGCAGUUCAAACAUUCAGGUGCCCAAGUCUCAUUGCAACUCCAUAAGAUUUUCACCUUCUCCUUUGAAAAUGGAGCUGAAAGUUACUUGGGUAUUUUUGAUGGAAAACUUUAAUUAUGCACAAUUUCAUCUGGUGUGGACCACAGGGGAGGCACAGGCACUGAAAUACCCUGAGCACAGGCAAAGCAAUCACAGGCCUGAGGGCAAAUGGGUGUUUUUUGGGGUGAGUGGAGAUCUGAUGGACACCACCAGUGCUGCCCUUGGAGGUGACCAGCUUCCAAGGGGUCUCAUUAUUCCAGGUGUAUCCUGGGUAGGUAAAUGCAACCUGUCCAUCUGUGACUCAUUUCACACUUCAGUGUGCAGCUAAGUGACUCCAUAAAUGUUACUGGUUUCCACAUGCAGGCUUUGGCACCCAAGUGUUAUUGUUAAGUGUAAAAAAAAAAAAAAAAGAGGGUUGGUGUCAGCCUACCUAAUUUUUCAAAGUUAUUGGAGGCUUAAAAAUGAUAAUGUUUAAUUCAACACCAGGAAGAGAAGAAAUUUUUCCCUGUAAGGGUGCUAAGACCCUGUCACAGGCUUCCAAGAGAAGCUGUGGCUGCCCCUGGAUUCCUGGAAGUGUCCAAGGCUAGGUUGGAUGGGGUCUGGGGCAAUCUGGGCUAGUGGAAGGUGUCCCCUGCUUGUGGCAGGGGAUUGGAAUAAGAUAUUCUUUAAGGUCCCUUCUAAUCCAAAUAAUUCUGAUAUUCUGCAGUUUUGUACUGCUCUGUAGGUUGUUAGUGCUAGAAGCUUUUAUUUUUUCUGAAUUAUGAAAACGCAGCACUUUAAAGUCUCAGGAAUAUGUCUUAGAGCAAAGCACGACAAUACCCUGAGUUCAAACAGCAGUGAGGAAGGAACACAGACACUUGAAUCGUGUGGUUACUACUGUGAAUGUACCUCAGAAUAAAACUAGAACGUUUUCUCACGCUUUCCCCAUGCAGAAGAAAAGGCAAGUGCAGACCUUGAACUGGUACAUGGUAUGUACUCAUAUCUGUUUGUACAUAGGCUGAUAGGUUUUUUUUCCUGACAACUUAAAUUUGAAUAUUAUCUACCGGAAAUUUCCCAGGAUUCCGGUAAACAGGUAAUAAUUAUUUUUAGGUGAUUUCCAGUGUGACAGUAAUUAACUCACUGUUUCAGCUUGGUGACACUACCUUCAUUUUUUUUGGUUUUUUUUUUGUUAAUGAGACAAUGCUGGUGUAGUUACUCAGAUGUUUACUGGGAAACAACAGCUGGAUGGUUGCUAGCUGAAACCUGCCAGUUCAACUGGGCCAAUGUGCUUGGUGUAGUCAGAAUACAUCUUGCAGAAGUAAAUCUUAAAAUGCCAAUUUUCUGUCUUGUAUCUUUUAGUGUUGGGGUUUGUUUUUUUUUUUUUUUUUAAUUUUUUAUAAAUAUAUUCUUAGAGCAGAGCAAUUCUAAGCAUGUCUUAUGGCCACGCUUACAAACAAUUUAAUAUAUUGCUUAGGAUGGGCUCAAAGAUAUAAAAAUGUGUAUUUUUAUCUAUAUACAUACCUUCACUUUAGGGAUAUUUAACUUUUACUGGCUUACCUUGUAGCACAAUGGGGAUGUGGAUCUGUGGGAAGCAAUACUCUCACUGAGGCAGCCUGUGCAGAAGUGUUGAUCCUGGCUCACCUGUAGCACCCAAGUUGUGGAAUAAACCCUGGGUUUUAGAGUGUGGUAGUUUUGCAGCGCUGAACGAGCUUUCUAGGCCGACUGGUUCAUCUCAGGUUAGAAUGGAAACUAAAACCCCUCCCUGCAUGUAGAGGGGGAAGCCUAAAGAGGAAAUAAUGACUUAAAAUAUGCUUUCAUCUGCUGUACUGAAAGAAGAUAAAGGUGGGUUGGUUUUUUUAAAAACUUUUUAAUCAGACAAGCUGCGUUUUGUCAUGUAGUUUUUUGGCAAUUUAAUUACAGCCUUAAAAACGCAUAAAUGACUGUACAGUCCUAAAAGCAUUUGACAAAACCUAAUUGUGUGUUCUGUGGUCAGCAAAAACUUACUGGUUGGGGUUGCAUGUUUUUAGUCUGUGAGGCUGUUGGCAGCUGAAAGAGUUGUGUAUUUCUAUAUCCUUUGUAAAGCUGUAAUGAAAAUGAAGUUAUCAUUGUGAAGCUUCCAGUUUUGACAGUGAGAAUGGCCCUUCGAUCUCCGAAGGCUGCUGGAUUCUCCAUAAGUUGAAACCAUAAACAUUUUAUGGCACAAGAUGAGUUGCUGGGAUUCAAACAUAAAUUUUAGAAAGAAAAAGAAAAAAACCAGAGUGAAUGCCUGCAUCUGUAUUGAAUUGCUGCAGUAAAGAAGAGCCAUAUGGUAUUUUGGUAGCUUCUGGGCAUUGGGAACUCGUAGAUUACAGGUGAAUUGGACCUGCAGACAUUCUGUGGGUAGGAAUGACUUUGUCUUAGUCAAAUAGUGCUUUUUGUUCAACUGGCAUUGUCCAGAUUGCUGAAGAAUUUUACCAGAUUAAGUGUUUCUAUGUAUUAGUCAUUGUGGAAGGAGAAUGGAGUCCAAGACCAUGGGCCAAAACCAGUCUGUAACUUUCUUUUUUGCCUAGAAGAGCAUGCAGAGGAAAAUAAUAUUUUCCUGUUCGUUCUUUGAAAAUGAAAACAAAGGAGAUUGACAUCCUUUUACUCUUUCAGUCAAGUGUCACUCAUCCUGAAGUUGUAAUAAUCAGUUCAGAAUGGCUACUUACACUUCUUUACAAAAUUGGAUGAAAGAGCUUUGCAGAUAAGUUAAAGACCACAGGAAAAAAAGCUCAUAACUUCAUAACUUUAAACUGAAUUAGUUGUUUCUUUGAAUUGCUUGUUUUUAGUCAUGUUGCCAUAGGUAUCAAAGCAGAGAGCUAUUAUCAUUCCUUUGUAAGGAUUGCUGCUGUUUUAUAUUCACGUUGCAGCAGAUCAAAGGAUGGGUCUGCAGACACGGAGGGGAAGGUGUGUUGUUUCAAAGAUAUGCAGACACACCUAGAGUGAGUUGGUCCAGGUACUGAGGAUGUGCUGACAGGGAUUUGCAGAUGGCAGCAGCAUUGCUUCAUUCCUGAAAAUCUUUAUCUUAGGUGCUAAAGCUUUUUUCUGAGUUUUUUAAAUCUCUGCCAGCUAAAACUUACUCAGAUGCUUCUGCUCCUUACACUUAACAGCUUUGUCUCGCUCUUUGGAAGGACCUGGCUUGUUAACUGCCACUGAGUGUUAAUGGUACAUCCUGCUCUUACUGAUCUGUGGUCAGCUUUGCUUCACCCAAAAUGAUGUUUCCAUCUGAAAUGAUUUGCAAAAAACUAUUGAAACUAUUUCCCAGAGAACCUGUGGCAUUCCUGGGAUUGUCUAAGGCCGGGCUGGAUGGAGCUCUGAGCAGCCUGGGAUAGUGGGAGAUGUCCCAUGGCAGGCGCUUGGAAUGAGAUAUCCUUUAUGGUCCCUUCCAACCCAAACCUUUCUAUGAUUAGGGCUUUGAUACCCUGGAAGAAAUCUGAAGAUCUGAACAUUUUUGAAAUGGGGGAAUGUCUCAAUGGGGCAAUGUCUAGUUUCUGCAGUGAUUGUAACCAGCUGUGCAUCUCCAUGUAAGCAGUGUAGCAAUAACUCUCAGUCUGCAAAUUAAGGGAAUGUUUUGGUUCAGGCUUUGAGAAAACCUUAGAACCACCUUCAGUGCCUAAUGGGGCUUCAAGAGAGCUGGGGGGCAACUUUGGGCAAGGGCCUGGAGUGGCAGAACAAGAGACAGUGACUUCAUAUGGGCAGAGGGCAGGGUUAGAUGGGAUGUAAGAAAGAAAUUCCUCUCUGUGUGGGCAGUGAGGCCCUGGCACAGGCUGCCCAGAGAAGCUGUGGCUGCACCUGGAAGUGUCCAAGGCCAGGUUGAAUGGGGCUUGGUUGAGCAACGUGGUCUAGUGAAAGGUGUCCCAGCCUAUGGCAAGAGUUUUGGAACAAGUUGAUCUUUAAAGGUCCAUUUCUACCCAAACUGUUCUGUGAUCAAGGAAUAAAUAGAAAAAUUUAAUUUUGGCAUCAAAGAUAACGUGUCAAGUGUUAUUGCAAUACAUACUGAGAGGUUUUGGCUUAACCUUGUGCAUAACUUCAUAUGUGUGACUGCCAGUAAUUUGAGUGUGAGCCACUCAUGUGCCUGAUGCUGCUCCCCAUCACAAAAAAGUGAUUGUUUUAUUAUUAUUUUCAAUAAGCACAUCUAGUCAAGUCAUGGAAACACAACCUAAAUGAGCAGAACCCCCAGCUCACUCUUGCAAGCAGAGCUAUUGGAACCUGCAGAGAUUCUUGUACCAAACCCAGGGUAUUUGGGAAUGAUGAUUAUUGUUUUUACACUUGCAUCUUUUUGUACUGUUUUUAUUUAGUGUCAUUUCACUAAAUAACAGUUGAGUUUAAUCCUAACUUGAAAGACCUGCUUUAAAGCUGCAUGCAGUGACUGAUUUUCUUUUGAAGACUUGAAUCUAUUUACAGAAUCUCACUACUGUCUUUAACUAACUUCUUUGCAAUGUUUUCUUUCAACUUUGGAAAUUCAUUAGCUGUAACACCACGUGUAAAAUGUCUUCAGUCUUUGAACUGAUAUUUUGUUUAGAAGCCUGGCAUAUCUGUGAAUCUAAAUUAAAAACAAAAAGCCAUUUAGUGACGAAAUAGUUAAAAACAAAACAUUACAAGUAGUGUCUGAAGAGGCUGUUAGUUUGCUUGGGAAGUUUUUAUUUUCUAUAAUUUGCUGCCUCAUUAUUUGUAAUAGUAAAACUGCUCCUUACCAAUCCCUUAUAUGAAGAAAUGAAAGUGGUGUUGACAGUUCUGGGUGGAAAAUACUGAGUUAGGCUGGGCCAUAUUCUGAAUAUUCUAUUCUUAAUGUGGGCCAUAUUCUACAUUGAAGUGAACUGUAAGAACCCCAACUAUUGCCUGGAGUAGUCAUUUCCACAGGCUUGCAAACAGGAUUCUUAGUAUCUUUUUGGAAUGGCUGAGACUCUCCAAAAUGUAUGACUAAAUGCACCUCAAACUUUGAUGCUAGCUGGCCCAAAAUUGGAGUGAAAGAACCUGGAGGUGACUAUUCAGAUCUGCAUUGGUGGUACUGGUGGAUGAAGUUUUCUCCCCAGUUGUAUAUGAGGUAAUUUUUGCUCUGUUAUUUCAAGAUUGGGAUUUUGGUAGUCACUAAACUUCUCUUUAUCAUGGAUGAUUGAACUUAAGAAUCUUCUAGUUAGAAUAAUUAUACUUUACAUACUUUUUCCAGUCCCAAAAUACCUGCUGUUUUAGUGCCAUCAAUGCAUAAACUCAUAGUGUGUCGGGGGUGAAACCCCACAAUAGUGGAUAAAUUGUAAGGUGAUUUUGGUUUUAAUCAGUCAUUGAGGAAGAUAUUUUAAUAAUUUUAAAAAGUUAAGUAGUGUACAUAAAAAGUUGCUGACUUGCACUUUUUUCUUGUUUUAUAAAGCAUCAACAUUUUUGUCAAAAAAUUGUGUGCUAAGUAACAGGUGGACAUAAUUAGAGGGAUGGAUCAUCUCUCCUACAAGGAAAGGCUGACAGCAUUGGGAUUCUUUAGCCUGGAAAAGAGAAACUUCAGGGUGCUAUAAUUGUGAACUUCCAGUAUCUGAAAGGAACCUACAAAAUGGAGAGACUAUUUCUAUGGUCAUGGAGUGACCAAGGGGGAAUGGAUUCAUGCUGGUAGAGGACAGGAUAAGAUGGGAUAUUGGGAAGGAAUUCCUCCCUGUGAGGGUGGUGAGGCCCUGGCACAGGGUGUCCAGAGAAGCUGUGGCUGCUCCAUCCCUGGAAGUGUCCAAGGCCAGGUUGCACAGGGCUUGGAGCAACCUGAAGUGGUGGGAAGUGUCCCUGCCCGUGGGAGGGGGUGGGACUGGAUAAGACCUAAGGUCCCUUCCAACCCAAACCACUCUAUGGUUUGUCUCUUAGUGAGCAAUAUAAAAUGACUGUUUGCAGGUCACAUACAUUUUGUAACUGCUGCUUCUUCCUAAGCAACAUCUUUCAGAAGGUUCAGUGUGUUCUCUUUGAAUAUAAAGCAGUUUGGUAACACUGGAAAUGCUUUAGAGAACAGCAGAGAGUUGUUAUAUUGAAAGACUUGAAGAGGCAAUAUAUUAGGCUGAAAGCAGUGGCAGUACCUGCAGAGCUCACUGUACGUGCCCUUAAGCAAAAGAUAAUAAUUAGUUGGUUGUAUUCCCCUGCAAAGCUGCCCAAGUGUUGAUGUUUAUGAAUUGCAAAGAUCACCAGCUCGAGCUCUGAGCUGCCAGAGUUGUUUAUGCCCUUUCAAUUUUUAAUGUACCUGUAAGAUGCUUUGAUGAGGGUGUUUAAUCCAAAGGGAUUUACAUGCCAUAAUCAUACCUCUGGUGAUUCCAGCACAAAAGUGAGGGUAGUUCUUCAAAAUAUUGUGAGUGCUAACUUCCACUUCAGUAUUAAUAAUGAACAUAAAGAACAUUUCUGAAAAAAUCUUCAUAUUUUGUUGGCCAAACAGGAUUUGGCUGCUUGUGGGAUGAUGGUCAUUAGAAGUGGUGAAGUAUCUGCUGUUGGGUAGCCUGAGGAGUGAGAAGUUGCUCACAGCUUGGGGAUACCUGCUUUGCUAAUUAGUUCAUACACAUUCAGCUCAGGCAAUUUGCACUUCAGUCAAAAGGAAAUAUUUGACUAGAAUUGACUUUUCCCAUCAUUCUGGUACAGUGGGUGCUGCUGCUGGCUUCCCUAAAACCAUAGGUGUAAGGACUUUGAUUUAAAUAAAAAUAAAAUUUAAAUUAUAAUAGCAAGUUUAUACAGAAUAGGAGUAUUUUUUUAUGUAGACUUUGUAAUAAAUUAAAAAAUAUAUAGUGUCUAUUCAUAUAUAUAAUUGUUGAAUUUUUAACAUAUGUAUUUUAAUGCACAUCUACACAGGCUCCUUAAAGUUUUGCCAGUUUGUUAUUUCAGAAGUCUCAAUGUUUCAUUGCAUAUUCCUGUAAAUACAGCAAAACAAUUUAAAAAUAAGAUAAAAAAUAGGUCUGAGCCUCCUUGUGCCAAAUAUUCCAUGUUUGAUGGAGAUGUGGUGAGCUGGUGGGUAACCUUGGAUUAGCUGAAUUUGAGGGGAAAGAAGUAAAAUUGUAUUUCCUUUUUUUUUGACUGGAAGAUGUUGUUAACAUAAAGUCUUAAUAUGAAACUCCUUGAGUUAUCAGGUUUGACUUCUGCUUAGCAAAAGAACCAUAAAUUUCCACUUGAGUAUGGAAGAGAAUAACAUAAUUAUUAGUAUUAAUAACAAUUAUUUUCCCAUCACAGAAUUACAAAAUUUUUUGUUUUGGAAGGAGCCUUAAAGACCUUCUAGUUGGUUUUGGUAAGUAUAAAUAAAACAUUAGGGGGAAAAAAAAAAAUCAUGUGAGUAUAUAUUACCUGAACCAUAUUUAAGCCAAUUUAAAUCUGAGCUAUCUCCACUGAGGGAUGAGAGUGGGAGGAGUUUUUCACCAGGCAAGGCAAAAUAUCAAAAUGAUGAAUUACAGUAGCUGGGCUGAGGAGAUAGAGCUAAUUCCUGAGCUGCAGAGCAGGUCUCUAAAAGCUGUGGUAAGACUAUUCCCAGUAUAAAUACAGCUGGUAGUAUUUUGGUAUAAUUCCAUUAGUUGUCAUGGCUCUGUUUAAGAGAUCCCAUUGUGCCAGUGUGGGACAGUGCUGGUGGCUUCACGUGGAGUGUGAAUAUAAAGCUGGGACAUGUUUGGAACAUGGAUGUUCAUCAUCUUAUAUAACAUAUGCAUAUGCGUAUAGUACUUGUUUAUAAACACCAACUAGGUAACAAAGAGUAUUAUUAUGCAGUGGCUAUUAUAUAAUAUAUCAAAAUAUAUAAUAUAGAUUAUUCCAUGUGAGCUCAGUCCUGGGAGCUCUCAUGUGAGUAGGUGCAGCUUGAGGGAGGCUGGCAGAAGCAGAGCUGGUGUAUUUUUUAGAGGCCUUUGGUUAACAGCAGCCCUGUUUCAGCCAUGUGCUUUUCUGGAAAACAGCCUUUUCUUAGAAAAUUUUAAGCCAACUGGCAUUUUACCUUCAGUUCUGAAGCAGAUAAGAAUUUUUAGAUUGCAAGAGAUAAUGUAUCAUGUGUUGGUAGCCUCCAUCACAGUUUCUCAGUAAACCUCCUCUAGCAGGUUUUUCAAAGCUUUAAUUAUGAUCCAUUAAUGUAAAAUGAGUUAAUUUAACCUCAGAUAUUUCUCAAAUGAUGGUGUGAGCAGAAUCUCUCAUCCUGGACUUUCUUCUACUGCUUACCUGUUUCUGGUUCUUAAGGUAAAAUAAAGUUACUCCUCUACCCUAACAACUCUACAGAAUUCACAUCUUGUUUUUUUAAUUACCUAUUUUCAAAUAUAGCUACUUAUUUUCUGAACACUUAAACACAGGGCAGUAAAGUGAUUUAAUUGUAAAAUGCAGCCCUAUCUAAUACCUUAUAUUUAUUUUACUGAUCAUUUAAUGUAGGUGCUGCUGGGCUAAUUUGCUAGGUUGGUGAAAACUAGGUUGAUCUCUGCAAUAAAAAACAUCCUUUUGCAGCAAAAAUUAGUACAUAAAGUUAUUUGGAACAUUUGGGCAAAAAAAAAUUGCUGUACUGAUGUAAUUUAAUUGAAAAUAUAUGUACAAUCCCAGUAACCUUUAGGCAGAAAUAAAUAAAAUCGACAAGUAAAGAGGUUUACACAUGCAAAAUAUAAAUUCUGUGAACAUAACUGGUGCAUUGAAGAGCUUGAACAGCAUUUGUCAGAAUUCUGUAAGAAAAUGAUUCCUCGGAGUUGUGAAACAUGAAGAGAAGCACUUGUGGAGUCCCACCUAAGCCCUGUAAACAGGGAAUUUUUUUUUCUUCUGCAAGAGGUAAGCAGUUGCUGCAGAAUGUUACUACUUCUGUGAUAGUUGAUUCAUCCCUUUGCUAUGCAAAUUUUAAGUAUACAAGGAUUCAGUACUUUUAUUUAAGAAAUAUGCCUGCAGGCUGUAUUGGUAGGCUUUAGGGAGAUAUCUGGUUUGGUGUGAAAUAAAUAGUUGUUCAAAGAUCACAUGAAUUUAUGUCUUAGAAGAUGAAAAGUGACGCUGUGAGCGUUUUGAGAGCAUCCCCCCUGUACCCAGCACGUGAGCUCACCCCUUGGUUUUGGUUUUUCAAAGAAACGUCACCAACCUCUUGAAAAAUCAGAGCAGCAAUUUGGCACCUUAGAAAUGCAAGAAUUAGGGCUUGAAUUUGUGACACCCCAAGUUCUGGGGGUUUGAUCCUUGGAGUAAAUCCUCACUGGUCCUGGUCGAAGGAGUAAUUGCCUUUGCUCCAGCUUGUGUCUUCAGCCCAUUUGAGGGCUCAGCUUUUAAUGAAGGGAUUUAAAUGCCAUAUUUCAGGUUUAUGUGCUAGUUGUAGGCAUCCAAGUCUGCAUAUUUUGAGUAAAACAGGAAGGAAAAAACCCAAACCUGAAAGCAUUUGAAUGAGAGAUAGCUUUGGUAUUUUCAGUUGGUGUUGAAGAUCUGUCUUGCUGAGGAGAGCAAAGCAUUUACUUAAAAGCUAUUUGCUGCCUAAUAGGAGCCAUAUUUUAAUACACAAUUACAAAGUUAUAAUAAAAAUUUAAUAAAAAUUAAGUUGUAAACCAGCUAUUUGAUUAAGCCCAGCCCCUUUUUAUUCUCUUACUGUCAAAAAUGUUAGUCAACUCCUCCCUACAGUGUGAAAUUCACUCUUGGUGCAGUUUUACUAUCCUUUCUCUCACCCAGCAUCCUUCUUUCUGAAGUAGUUUCUUUUCUGCUGCAGAGGAACAGCAUGUUUGGGAAAUACUUAUUUUCUGUGAAUAACUUUAUCUUCAUUUAUGUAACUGUAGUGAGGACUUUUAUGCCUUAAUGAUCAAAAUGAAAGAAAUCAACUUGCUCGUUACCUGUUGGUACAGAUGACUGCUACGUCUGACUUUAAAAUGUAAAUCAGCCCAGAAGUGUAAAUGCUUGUACUUGUUUAUUGUGUACAUACUCAGGUAAUAGUCACUGAAAUUAAAAAUUCUGAUGCUUGUCUACAUGAAAAAGUCAUUACAGUGAUUUAAAGAGUUGAUGGAAAUAAAUUGCUCUUCUCUAAGUGAGGUGGCAGCGGCCCUUCCUCGUGUGCCUCCUUGUGUCUCCUUUUCCCCACCUCCCCCAAAUGUACUUCCUCAUCUUAACUUCGUCAUUUUUAAUUCUGUCCUAUUGUUUCCAAUGAGAGGGAUUAGUAAAGAUAAAUUUUAGCUUUCCUAGCAUUGACUUUAGCUUAUAUCUGUCACACGUUUCCUGGCUAAACUAAAUACUGCUUUUUUUUGGUGACAGUUUACUCUGUCACACUCUAUUUGAAAGAACCAGUCUACCUAGAGUUGGGUACUGGGUUUUUAAUGAGGAAAAAUGAUAAUAAGUGUGUAUUUUCAGAAGUUUGAUUUUUUUUUUAUGCUGCUAGCCUUUCCUGGUUGUCAGUGGCCAUGGGAACAGUGCAGACCUGAGGGCCCCCGUGUCUGGUGUUGCUUGGUGGGGGUACAGCUGGCAACCCAAUGGCCUGAAUGACCUCACCUGGCUGCUGGGAACUUCCAGAUAGUGCCAAUUAGGCAUGGAAGCAAUUAAAAUAAUGUACUUGGCACUGGUGAGGCCACAUUUCAAACACUAUGUUCAGCUUUGGGCCCCUCAUGACAAGGACAUUGAGGGGCUGGAGUGUGUCCAGAGGGAAGGAAUGGAGCUGGGGAAGAGUCUGGAGCACAUGUCUGAGGAGCAGCUGGGGGGCUCAGCCUGGACAAAAGUCAUAAAUUGGUUGGACACACUUUUCACCAGCUUUUAUUAAAAAAAAAAAAAAAAAUUGACAUGGAAAUACAUCACUGAACAACAAACUUAACCUGUGUGUCCUGGCCAGUCAGGAUCUGUGUUACUGCAUUUUCCUGUUCCCAGAAAGGCAGUAUGUUUAUUAUUUGUAGAGAGGAAGAGCAGAAAAUUGUAUUUUGUAGAAAGCUGCCUGUCUGCAUCAUGGCCUGUGAGAGCUGAUGUUUUCUGCUGUUGCUUUAGAUUUUUCUAUAGCACCUGCAUGCCUAAUUUGCUUUCCCGCCUUCUGGUUUUACCCGUUCUGACAAAGAUUACGCAGCUAAUUGUUAAAAUAGAAAUUAGAACAAUAUUUAGGGGUGGUUUUUGUUUCCGAAUUUGACAAAAUUGCUGCAUAUUUCCAUAUUCAGGUUUUCUUAGGUAGUGAUUUCCUCCUGCGUGUUGGUAAUGCUCUUACAGCGACAGUGCUUUGAACUGUCACUUCAUCCCACUUGAAGUUAAUUACUCGAAAACUGGGGGGGGGGGGGUUAUAUAUAUUUUUUUUUUAACCAGUUUCCUAUCAAGCAUCUCCCUCUGCUGAGGAUGUCACUGCGAGGUAAGAAUAACUGCAGUAAAGUGAAGAGCAGAGCAGUUGAGCCUUUGAUCAUGUGGAAAUGUGAGCGUGUGUUGGAGUUCGCGGCGGCGCGUCCCCACCGGCUGCACGAGGCUUACGCUGCCGUGUUCCCGGGGUCCCUGGCUUGGGGAGAUUUGGGAAGUCCUUAGCAGGCUUGGCAGUAAAACCCAAAUAUCCUCUCAAGCCCCAGAGUGCUUUAAGUCUUUGCUCAGACUGCUUAGUAGGCACAGAAGGAGGGAGAUAAUAUAUUUUUAGCUUUCAAAUUCAAAGAAACCUUUCAAUUAAAGGAGUUCUUGACAAUUUUAAAUGCUCUGUUCUUGGUGUUUGUACCAGAUGAUGAGGAAUGGAGUGGUUUUGAUUUUUUUUCUUUUGGAGUGGAGGAAAACCUAUCCUCUUUAAUUUAUAUUGUAGCAGUUUAAAGCAUCAAAUGGCAUACUCUGUAUUUCCUGUUCUCUGUAGUUUCUUUGAAAGAAUUAGAAAAACAGGCCUCUUAUCCUGUGGUGUUGUGAGUAGGCCACUGAAUAUACCAGAAUUUAGAUACCAGAAGGUUGCUUUCCAAAUAAUUGCAGAGGAUGAUCUGAUUUUUGUGAUUUCAUAACUCGAUACCUGCAAAAUUGUACAGGUUAUGUGGGGAUUUUUCCUGCUAUUGGGGGCAAUGAUAAAACCUGAAAUAGUAUAUAUAUUUUUUUCUUUUUUUAAAGAGAAAAUAAGUGUCACAGCUCAAGAGAAAUCUAUAAUGUGAAAGAACAUGGGAUCAUAGGGUAAUUUGGAUUGGAAUUGUUCUUUGGGGGCCACCUAGCCCAACCUCCUGCUCAGGGCAGAGUUGGCUAUGAGCCUGUGGUACCUAUAUCCAAGAGUAUGUAAUCAUGGAAUACUUGAGUAUUGCAUGAUCUCUCUGGAGUGUCUGCAUUUCAUCUAGUGCAGCUUUCUGGUUCACAUUGAGGGAUCUGACCAACAAGGCUGCAUUUAUAUUCUUUACAUUUUAAAAUGUGCCUUACAAAGGCUUCAGGUGAUUUUUUCCUCAAGAUUUGGAUUCUGUGUGAUCAGAAUUCAGGCCAGUACAGAGUGAAGCAAGGAUCUCCUUGGACUAUGUUUGGGAUUAUAUGUAAAAUAGAGAAGUAUUUAUAUUUUUUGUUGGUGCCAACAAUGCUUUCCUUGCAGACAUUUUUUUUUCCUGUAAAGAUUUAUUAAGUUUCAUAGUUACUAUGGAAUACUUGUGUCUCUAUUUUGCAAAGAAUUGAAAGAGGUCUUUUUUUCUAUUGGCAUUUGAAAAGCAGAAAAAAAGUGACUACUACAACAGAAUUUUAUUAAUGAAUGAUUUACACUGGUUCCAGCUGUGACCAUGUGAUUAGUCCUUCACUGAGCAACAAUGGGUAUUUUCUUUCUGCUUUUAUUUAAUUUCCAAGAAUGUGUCAUCUGUUACGUUAACUGCUGCCAGUAUACCCCGUAUAAACUGGUAUUUUUUAUUUCCCUGAAGCAUAAGAUGAAUACCCACCCAUAUCCUUCUGGAACUAGAGUUUAAAAUGAAUUGGGAAUUUUAUUGACUAUAUCUGAUUCAGCAAGCCAAAAUCAUAAAAGUUAAAAUAUUUAUUAAAUGCGCUAGACUGUAAGAUGCCUUGCUCCCUGGUAGUGCAAAAGAUAGAUAUUUUCACUUUUAAAAUUCUAUCUUAAUAUUUUAUUACAGCAAUACAACGUGUUAUAGAGGUGGACAAGCCUGCAGAUUGAAAUGUGGAUAGUCCAGAUUGUUCCUUUCCCUCGACCAUAUGGUGUAGUUCUAAAAGCCUUUUGUACGCUGUCUGUUCAGUUAAUUGUAAACUCUGUCUUUAACGUACCUUAAAAAUGAGAUAUAUGUGAACUAAAAGUCGGCAUAUCCUCUGGUAAGUAAAGUUUGCUCAAAUAAAUCUAAAUUCACAGUCCUGGUCUCCUGGUAGAUUUUCUUUCUGGUGAAUUUGAAAGUCUUUCACCGUUUCUUGGUAACGAAUGUGAAGCCUGUGUGUGUGGAGAGACAGGUUUUUCCAUUUCCUCCUCGGGAAGGGGGGGAGAUUUGAGGAUAUAAUGAACAUUUCAUAAUAUUUUUGCUUGGCAGACAGCUCUGCCAGUGGGUGAUGUGCAGGAACAUCGAAGAUUUCUGACAGAUGGAUGGUAGGACUGCUAAUACACCUACACACGCUUCAGCGUCUGAUGUUCCCGGUGUUGCUCUGAUGCCCAAGAACCUCGUGCUCAAGCUUUGGUCUGGUGGUGCCCAGUGAGGGGCUUCAGAAGAGCAGAACCAAGCUUCACUCGAGAUUUUCAUUCGCCACAGACAGGGGUUUCAGACAGUUCUGAAGUAUUUGGAAAAUGAGUGUCCUUCUUAUAGAACCAUUUUAUGGUGGCUCCCACAAACAGCUGAUGGAUCUUCUCCAGGAAGAGCUACAAGAAGAUUGUGUCCUCUGCACGCUCCCAGCCAAGAAGUGGCAUUGGAAGGCACGGACUUCUGCUCUUUAUUUCAUGCAAACAGUGCCAACAAGUUCUAAUUACAGGGUCCUCUUUGCAAGCUCGGUGCUUAACCUGGCUGAACUCGCCGCCCUCCGCCCUGACCUUGGCAAAUUGAAAAAGGUCCUCUACUUCCAUGAGAACCAAUUGGCAUAUCCUGUCCAGAAAUGCCAGGAAAGGGAUUUUCAGUAUGGAUACAACCAAAUUCUUUCGUGUUUGGUUGCUGAUGUUGUGGUGUUCAACUCUGCUUUUAAUAUGGAAUCCUUUCUUAAAUCCAUCGGAAAAUUUAUGAAGCUUAUUCCUGACCACAGACCUAAGGAUUUGGAAAAAAUAAUCAGACCGAAGUGCCAAGUUCUUUAUUUUCCAGUCAGGUUUCCUGAUGUGAGCAGGUUCAUGCCAGAGCAUAAACUUGCCCGUUUGGAAAAGGUAAUUGGUGUUAAAAGGAAUGGAGAUGCUUAUCAUUCGGAGGGGCUGCCUGGCCAGCAGGAGAGCAGAGCUGUAAUGAAAACCAGUGAUGCACAUCCUGAGUCUGGACUUUGUGAGCCCCAGCCUGGACUCUGCACCACACAGCACGAGGGGCUGCCCUCCCCAGCAGCAACCCCAGUCCAGGCUGAAGCACCAGAAAGUACAAAUCCUUGUCAAGGGGAAGAUAAGCAAUGUCUGACUUUUAACCUCUCUAAUAUCUUGAGUGGACUGGACUAUCAGCAAAGACCUCUGCACAUUGCCUGGCCUCACAGGUGGGAACAUGACAAAGAUCCUGAAACUUUCUUUAAAGUCCUGAUGAAGCUGAAAGAGCAAGAUCUGCCUUUCCAUGUGUCCGUCCUUGGAGAGACUUUCAGUGAAAUUCCAGAUAUCUUUUCAGAGGCCAGGGAGGUGUUGGGAUCGUCCGUCUUGCACUGGGGGUACUUGCCCAGCAAGGAUGACUAUUUCCAAGCUCUGUGCACGGCCGAUGUUGUCGUCUCCACAGCCAAACACGAAUUCUUUGGCGUGGCAGUGAUCGAGGCUGUGCAUUGUGGCUGUUACCCGCUGUGUCCCAAAGCCUUGGUGUACCCAGAGAUAUUCCCAGCUGAAUAUCUGUAUUCUACACCUGAACAGCUUUUUAAAAGGCUUCAGAAUUUCUGCAAGAGACCAGAUAUUGUAAGGAGACAUCUCUAUAAGUUAUUUCUGCAGAGAAAGUCCAGGUUCAGUGGCAAGCUCUCCAUUCAGGUUUUGCUCAAGUGUUCAAUGCUAGGCCGACUUUCAUGGUUUUAAGUGGUGUAUUUACACUGAUGGCAGUUGUGCUUUU